AAAAACAUUAAAACACAGAGACGAGUCGAGUCGAGUCGAGUGGAAGCAAGCGGAAGAAGGGGAGGCAGAUCUCCCUCGGCCAACCCCAAGCAGAUCCCGACGAUGCUGCCCACGACGGCGUCCAAAGGGCGCGGCGCCGCCCGCUCUGCGCCGCCGCUCUUCGGCCCCUACCUCCGCCGCAUCGUCAAGUGGCAACAAAUGGAUAUCGAGUACACAUUUUGGCAAAUGGUCCAUCUCUGUACUUCACCAAAAGUAGUCUAUCAGCACACCAAAUAUCACAAGCAAACAAAGAAUCAGUGGGCUCGGGAUGAUCCUGCUUUUGUUGUCAUUCUAAUUCUUUUCCUUGUGUUUGCAACAUCAGCUUACUGUGCAGCGUAUGGAGAGAGUCCUUCACAUGCUGCUUUAACAAUCACUUCAGUUGUGCUUGUCCAUUUCUUGUUUGCUGGGAUAGUUCUGGCCACACUUUGCUGGUUUCUUACAAAUUCUUACUUGAGGGAGGAACCUAACAGUCAUGUGGUUGAGCAACGUGUGGAGUGGCUCUAUGCAUUUGAUGUUCAUUGCAACUCAUUCUUCCCAGCCUUUGUCAUCCUAUAUGUGCUUCAAUAUUUUCUAUCGCCUCUGUUGGUCGCACAUGGCUUCUUUCCUGCUCUAUUAUCAAACCUCUUGUUUGUGGUGGCAAUUUCUUAUUAUCACUACCUGAAUUUUCUAGGAUAUGAUGUUCUUCCAUUUUUGGACAGAACAACAUUUUUCUUGUACCCGAUUGGGCUUGUCAUCAUUCUCUCUCCACUGAUGAUACUCAUAGGGUUCAAUCCAACAAGAUACUUUUUGAGCUUGUACUUCCGUUAAGGUCGAUAACUAGAACAGUAAGAGAAGACUGGUGACAAAACUAAUGGCAGAUUGGGUACACACUUUUUACUCUAGCUUCUUAAAUCUUUGUGUGAAUUUGAGGAGAGUGAGGCUCAGGAAAAGGUCGAUUUGUUCUUGAGAUAUAUUACUGCCAGCGUGGGCCACGGGCACAGGCCUUUUGGUUGGAGCCCAUUUUGGUGUCAACUUGUUCAUAAUAUGUAUUGUUUCCAUUGAUUAAAGAGUCAAGGACCAGUGUACAAUUUUAGUGGGAACCGGAACUUAAGCCGAUUGUAUCGAAGGGGCACCAACAUUGUAAUCCACCUGCCUAAGAAUCAUGAGUUUUUAGUGGCAUAUUUCCUUUGAUUGCAGAUAGCACGGUUAAGCAUCAGGGCGUGGGUUAUUGCCUUGUUGGUUUAUAAGAAAAAAAAUAGCAUUCUUCAUUAAACA